GGCUUUAAUCAUCAUAUCAUCUUGCAUCACAGGAUAAAAUUGAUUUUUUUAUCAUUAACAAUAUCCACGAUAAAACAAAAAUCAUGCUAAGGAAACAAACAGGAACACAAGCACCAAAAAAGAUGGCCUCUAAAACGUCAGAGAUAUUAAGCAAAGAACAUUUAAGUGUAGCAAAGAGUUAUUCUUCACGACAAGACUUGGGUGGUGGUGAUAUGGAUUGGAUGCGAGGGAAGACAUUGUUAAAGCCAGAUGAUCAGCUACAGUUAACAGAAGCAGAAUUACAAGAAGAAUUUGCCAGAGUGUUAACCAUACAAAACACCAGAAUACCAGACUCCUUGGUAGAAUGGUCUUGGAAAUUACGAGAAUUUGUAAGAUUACCUCCACCACCUCAUUUAGUGAAUCUUAUGAAUGUAACUGGCACUAUACUACACAAAGACUCUGAGGAAGCUAAAGUGCAAAUGGCAGGAGGAAUAAUUGCUGAUCAAGAAGAGGCAGCAGAGGAGAAAUUAAAGCAUGACGAAGUUGAAGAACUUGAAUAUAAAGAAGAGGAAGAAGCAGAUGAAAUAGAUAAAACGGGAGAGCUAGCUGAAGCUGAACAAGAACAGGAAUUGGAAGCUGAGGUAGAACCUGAGGAGGAUGAAGUGGAAAAGAAAAAGCCCAAGAAAAUACCUAAUCAAUUUAAUUUCUGCGAAAGGGCGGCGUUGACAUAUGAUAAUCCUAUGAGAGAUAUGAGUACACAAACUAUACCACCGCCUACUGCAACUUUUAAUGCUAAUGUCCUUCAGUGGACUAUCUUUGAUGAAUAUCAGGAAGACUAUGCACAACAACAACGCGAGAAAGAAAAAGAGAAAAAGAUACCAAUGGCACAACCCAAGAAAGAGGACGUAAAGAAAAAAGCUCACAUGGAAUCGUCAGUGAUCACAAACAGAAUGCUACAAGCUGCUAAAACAUUAGAACGUAUGGUGAACCAAAACAUUUUCGACGAUAUAUCACAAGAUUAUAGAUAUUGGGACGAUCCGAGCGAUGAAUUCAAGGACGGCGAAGGCUCCUUAUUACCUCUGUGGAAAUUUUCUUACGAAAAAACUAAGAAGCAUGACAUCACGGACAUGUGUUUCAAUAGCAGAUAUUACGAUCUUUUUGCGGUCGCUUUUGGAACAUUGUCAUUUAAUAGUUUAAUAACGAACGGUACAGUGUGCUUAUUCAGCUUGAAGAAUCCUUCGUACCCAGAGUGGAUUUGUCCAACAGAAUCUCCUGUAAUGUGCUUAGAUUUUAACGCACAACAUCCCCAUCUUUUAGUCAUCGGUACCAUGGAUGGAGGAGUAGCGGUUUAUAACAUAAUGUUACCACCGUCCACUCCACAAUACAAGAGCAGCGACGUUGUACAAAAGCAUGGAGGGUUAGUAUGGGAGAUUCGCUGGGCGCCUGAUACAGAAGAAGGGAACCUGGCGUUCUUCAGCGUUAGUAUUGAUGGCAAAAUAAAUCACUGGGUGUUAAAUCAGAACGAUCUCGGUCUCACUACUGUUAUGACAUUAUUCUUGGCCCGGCCACCUAUACCGGGACCAGAUGGCACGAUGAUUACGCUGAAAGGAUGCGGAACGUGCAUUGCAUUUCAUCCCGCCGAUCAGAAUGUUUUCCUGGUAGGCACGGAGGAAGGCACCAUAUACAAAUGCAAUACGGCGUAUAGCAGUAUCUACAUGAGGACAUAUCACGAAGCACAUACUAUGCCGGUGUAUCGAAUAGCCUUCAACAAGUUCAACUCUAGUAUUUUUGCGAGCUGUUCGAGCGAUUGGCAAAUCAAAAUCUGGGAAGAUGAAAGGCUGGAACCUUUAUUUAUGUUUGAUCUUGGUGUACCGAUUGGAGACGUACAAUGGGCACCGUACAGCUCGACAGUACUCGCUUGUGUGUCAAACGAUGGCAAAGUUAUGGUGUUUGAUUUAAAUGUUAACAAAUACAGGCCUAUCUGCACUCAACAGGUUGUCAGUAAACGAAAGAGCAAAUUAACCCGAUUAGCUUUCAAUAAUGUGUUGCCGUUUAUAAUAGUCGGCGAUGAUAAAGGCACUGUGAAUACACUAAAAUUAUCUCCAAAUUUACGGAUAAAAGUAAAACCAACGAAAAAACAAUUGCACUUAUCGCAAAUAGAAUUAGAAUCCAUGAAAUUGGAGAAGCUGCUCAGUUUUGUGCGUGAGCCUCCGGUACUGACUCCGCCUAAAGAUGUGAGAACAGUCACUUAAACAGGUAAAACCUAAACAUUGUACACGGACUUCAAUCUUUUGUAAACAACAGCACUUUAUUAAUAUAUAUUUGCUAUAACAGAUGGAUACGUAUACAUAUCUCUAUUUUUAUAAAUUGGCACUAAUUAUGAAAUAGAAAUCAAAUAGCUUUACAAAGUAGUUUGUGUACUUGGAUUUAUUGCCUGGAAAAAAUAUCAUUAUGAUAGUAAAACAAUUCAGGCCCGUUGUUUAAUACAAUACACUAAAUAAAUUAAUUUGCAUUAAAAUACUUCAAAUAAAAUGUAAUGUUAUUUAUGCCAUUUUUUUUUUAAUGUAAACAAUUUUUCCGUUUGAAAGCUUCCUCCCGUCUUAAAAUUACGAUUUUUGAUUGAGCAGAAGUUGAACAAUCGAAUUUCUACUAUAUAAAUAUUUACGAAAUAUUUUUGUAGAACUAUUCA